UGUUCUGUGGAUUCGGAGGGGGUGGUGAGGCUACUGAACAGAGGUUUGGGGGACACGUGGACGCCGGUCUGCAACACCCGAGAACACUGCAAAGGAAAGUCCGAUCACUACUGGGUGGUGGGUCUGCAUGAGAACCCGCAGCAGCUCAGGUGUGUUCCAUGCAAAGGUUCCAGAUUCCCCCCCACCCUUCCUCGUCCCGCCAUGGCGAUUCUACCCUUCAAGCUUCCGUAUUGUCAGAUUACGACAGAGAAGGGGCAGAUGGAGGAGCAAUACUGGAGGUCGCAAAUCUUCACCAAUUACUUUCGACUAUCUGUCUAAGAGCGGAUACGAAUGGGAUGAAAACGCCAAGAUGGCGGUCCAGAAGGAGCAGCAGGAACUGUUAAUGAAGAUGUUUGCGCUCUCCUGCAAACUGGAGCGUGAAUUCCGUGGCAUGGAACUGGCGGAGUUCAUGGCUCACAACGUGAUGAAUCUGGCCAUUAAGUACGCCUCGCGCUCCAAGAGACUAAUCCUAGCCCAGCGGCUCAGC